AUGACUGUCCCAUUCGGUAAAGAAUUUAGAAAGGCUUGUUUUACUUCCUUGGAUCCUGAGGUCAUUCCAGUGAAUAAUGGAUCAUUUGGCUUAUCACCAACGCCAGUGUUGGAGCAGCUCCACAAAAGUACUCUUGAACUCUACAGUUUCCCAGAUAGGCUGUACCGUCUUCAUUUGAAGUCAACCUACAUUAAAGCGUUGAAGCUGUUGGCUCCUGUUGUCAAAACUGACUAUACAAACUUGGCUAUCGUUGAUAAUGCCACAUCAGGAUUGAAUUCAUUCCUUAGAUCCCCUGAAAUCAUCAAACAUGGCGAUACAAUCAUCAUUUCAAGCGUUAUUUACGGUGCCAUAAAGAAUUUGGUGGAUUUCUUAAGGACAUCUCAAAGUGUUAAAGUAAGGGUUGUGAAUUUGGAUAUUCCAAAGAUGGCUCCUCAAGACAUUGUUGAUGUAUUUGAAGCUGAAAUAAAAACCGCUAAAGAUGCGGGUGAAACUGUUAAAGCUUGUGUAUUCGAUUUGGUAUCAUCAAUGCCCGCUAUCAGACUCCCAUUCGAAGAUUUGGUUGCUCUUUGUCGUAAUCACGAUGUGUUGUCUGUUAUUGACGGUGCCCAUGGUAUUGGGAUGCUUGAGCUCGAUCUUGACAAAUUGGCUCCGGAUUUCCUUGUUCUGAAUUUACACAAAUGGUACUAUGUUCCAGUAGGUAGUGCUGUUAUGUAUGUGAGUCCCAAAUGGCACACCAAAAUUAUGUCUUUGCCUAUUUCAUGGUCGUACUCAGUUGACGCUUUUGAUUCGAGUUCCGAUCCACUUCCACUUAUAGAUAAAUUCUACUACACCGGUACAAAGACUGUUGCCCUUCUACUGUGUAUCAAAACUGCCAUUGACUUCCGCGAAAAGGAGUGUGGAGGAGAACACAAGAUCAUAGACUACUGUAAUCAAUUGGCUCAUACUGUUGGUGAUGUUAUUUCCAAAAGAUGGGGUACUGAUAUAUUAGAUACCUCAAAUCAAGAUUACACCACCGCUAUGGUCAAUGUUCGUUUGCCACCAUCAGCUUUGGAUGAUCUUCCUCUAUCAAGAGCGAUGGACCAACAGUUAGGUGAUAUUGAAAUGGAAAACUUCAAUACUUUUGUUCCAAUCACUAAAUGGAAUGGACAUUGGUACGCCAGAUUUAGUUGCCAAGUGUACAAUGAUUUAUUUGACUUUGAAUAUGCUGCGGAUAAAUUAUUAGAAGCCAUUUCCAUUUGGCGUAUAAGAAAUAAAUUGAAUCUUUGA